GUGGAAACGCGGCGCUGUUUACCACCGAGAACGGGCCGCCUGCGCGCAGGUCGCUGGAUGGAGUUGCGGCCAGGCUGCAGGACCAGCGAUUCCCCCGAGACCCUCCUGGACUGACGCAUUCCUGAUGCCCAGAGCCGCCAGUCGCCCGGAGCCCAUGGAGCAUCUUCGGCAGGCCUCCUGAAAAGCAAUGGCUGCUGCCUCACCUCUGACCAUCUCACCCUCUGAACGGAAGGUCCCCUUCGGCAUUGCAAAGUCUCCCGGCUGGCCGCCACUCCCCAGCGUCGCCAUGCACGUCACCCGGCCAAAAUCCGCCAAGGGGCGCACCCGGUCCAGCCUGAGCUAUUCCCAGAGCCUGGGGGCCUACUCCUACCAAGUGCCAUCGUCCCCCCAGCCAGUCUCCCCCCCUGGGGAGGAAGCAGUCAGUGGCCGGAGGGCAGCCUCCACCCAGCCCAUCCCGGCGUUUCCAGCCGAAGUACCGGACCUCCUCCAGCAAGUGCCCACCAGGACCUCGUCUUCCCUCAACAAGUACCGGGUGCUGCCGUCCAUCAGCAGGAAGGAACAGAGGACAGGUGCUGCCGAAGUGAUGUUUGAGCAGGUGGGCCAGCUCCCAGCCGGUGCCCAGGUGGCGGCAGCAGCCGAGGAAGAACAGGAGCCCCAGGAUCCUCCUCUGCCGAAGGGGCCCACCUCUUUCCUGCUGGAGCGCAAGGGGGGAGGCGGAGAGUACCCCCAGGCCCCCUUUGCUCCCUUGGAGAGGCCUCAGCUGAAUAAAGAGAGGGAAGGAGGCUCCCCCACCACCACGCUGACCCUCAACCUGGAGGAGCCCUGCGAGGAGCCCCGGCUCCUGCUGGCCGUCCGCUCGCCUUCGGGGGAAAGGUUCGAACGCUACUUCCGGCCCACGGACAACCUGGAGAUGGUGGUGGCCGUGGCCGAGCAGAAGAACGCCGCCACCUACCAGCACUGCAGAAUUGGGACGGUGGAAGUGCCCCGCAGGACCUUCUCGGACCUCAGCCGCUCUUUGCAGGACUGCGCCAUCCACCACAAGUCCCUGCUGUGCAUCCUGCUGGACAAGCAGCAGGGGGAGCUCUGAGCAGGAGCGCGGGGGGCUCGCAUUAACACCCCCCCCCCCGGAAGGAAACCCAGCCCCCUCCCACUCCUGUAGACCCAGCCGCUACCCCUCCCGGGACCCUCACUCACCCAGGUCUCCCUGCUCAGUCCAAAGGGGACUUUGCUUUCAGGUGCCCUUGGUCGCCCCCCCCCCUCCCAAUUCCACCUGGUGGGCAGGGGUUUUAUGCUGGGGGGGGGGGAGUUUCUUCCCAUCCCUCAAUCUUUCCUUCCUUCUCCCUUUCUGAUCCUUCCGUCCCUCCCCGAUUCAAUUUGGUUUGGAUCUAGAAGAGGGGUAAGGAGGCUGCUGGCAAUCGGCGCAGGGCCAGCAGGGGUUCCCCACACUCUGCCUUUUGCUCCAAAUUCUCUCUUAAGCAGGUUUGGUUGAACGGAGAAGGUGCAGAUGAUCCUUUUUGGGGGUGCAGGGAGAGAGGGGAGUGAAAGCUUUUGGACAAGAUACCAAGACUGGCCUCGUCUGAGGGGAGGCCAGAACCCUGAGGCUCUUUCGAGGCUUCUGCUCCAUUCUGGGGAGGGGAGGCUGUAGAUAAAAGCUCUUGAACUUGCUCGGCCUUCUCAAGGCCUGUUACUGCAUUUCUAAUCAAAUUUCUUUUACAAGAUUAUGGCACAAAUUAAGUCUGGAAGGAUCCUGGAAGGAGGGCAGGCUUGCUCUCCACUGUAGAUUUGAAAUUCAGUGUUGUUUCUGGCGAUAAGUUCAGAGCUCUUCGCCGAAACAGCGAAACAGUCAUGGAAGUGUGUUUGUGUUUCGCAUUGCGGCCUUGAAUUCUGCCGGGGGUGGGUGGGGUGGGGGUGGGGGCUUUACCUGAAGGGCUGCUGCUGUGUUUUGAACAAAUCAACCUGCUUUGAUUAAGAGUGGCCUGUUGGUGUUAUCAAAAUGCCUUUUUUUCCCUCUUAAAACUGUAUUUGAAUGUUUUAAAGAAAAAACGUUUCUCUGUCCACAGGCAGAGUUUGAACUCUCGGUAUUCUGCACAACGAGACAUGCUAACAGAGUGGACAGCUUGCCAAAGAGAGUCCGUCUUCCGAGUGUUGAUUUCUUAGCCCAGACAGGCCAAAGGACGCUGGGAGGCAGGAAGGGACUUUCCUAGGGUGUGGAAGCCUUGAGCAGUGGUCAUGUCUGGCCACCGUCCAGCUGGCCUGGGGGCUCAAUUCAGCAGAGCAGCCCAAGGACCGGCCUGCCGUGGCCAGGGGCUGCUUUCUUCCCCUGGGGUCCCCGGAGAGGGUGGGAUGCCCAACAUGGAAGGUCAGUGCUGGGAAGCGGGCAGCUUGUCUUGGCCUGGUCUUC